AUGGCGAUCGUCGAAAGUGGGACACCGUCUCCCCAACAAGACGAGACGAGCAAGUCCGAAACUGUUGUCAACGGCAGGGAUGUCGAGGAGGUUACAACUCAUUCGUAUCGGCCUAGCAGGUGGCAGAGCAACCUGACUAUUAUUAGUUGCUAUAUUGCCAACUUCAGUGAUGGAUUCCAAAACACCCUUGCCAACCCUACCAAUGUUAUCUUCAAGCAGGUGCUCGGUGCUGAUGGCUACUCUUCUGAAAUGAAGACCCGGAUUAGCAAUUCUCUGCUCGUCGGUGCUAUCCUUGGUGUUGUUGCUCUCGGAUACACCUCUGAUAUGUUCUCGCGACGGGUGGGAUUGCUCUUUACUUCUUCACUUGUUGCCAUUGGUACAUUGAUGUCGGCGCUGGCUCUUCAGAUGCACCCCUCGAGCAAUAUGUUGUGGUAUUUCGUUAUCGUUCGCGGUAUUUCUGGAUUCGGUGUCGGAGGUGAAUACCCUCCCAGUGCGGCAGCUGGGAUUGAAGAAACGGAUGAUGCGAGUAUCAUGCGAAAAUACCGUGGUCCAAUGUUUGUUUCAUUUACGACACUGAUGGCUACCACCGCUGGCCCGAUCCUGAUGAUCAUCUACUUGGUCACACUGAUCGCCAGCGACAACAAUCUCGUCGUUGCAUUCCACGCUAUCUACUCCAUUGCAACUAUUCUUCCGGUUGCAAUUAUCAUUCUCCGGAUGUUUAUGGUUGACUCGUCACUCUUCCACUAUUCCAACCUUACACGCCAGCCCAAAUCACUUCGCUUAUACAUGCUCCUGGCUAAGCGUUACUGGUGGAGACUACUGACAACAUCAUUGGCCUUCUUCCUGUACGACUUCAUCAACUUCCCAAACAGCAUCAUGUCCAGCACAAUCAUUUCCUCACUUGUCAAGGACCAUAACGUGCGAACUACAGCCAUCUGGCAAGUCAUUCUAGCCGUGCUUCCAGUUCCCGGUGUUAUAGUCGGAGCUUGGUUGACAAACGCCAUUGGACGGCGAUGGACUGGUAUCGCGGGAUUCGCAGGCUACGUGGUUCUCGGUUUUGUCAUUGGCGGAACCUACACCAAGCUUUCUCAGAACAUUUCCGCAUUCGUUGUUCUGUAUGGCUUGCUGCAAGUUUUUGGCCAUAUGGGACCGGGGGCUACCAUUGGACUUAUCUCAUCUGAGUCUUUCCCGACUGCCAUGCGUUCUAUGGGAUAUAGUAUUGCCACGGCGUUUGGCAGAACGGGUGCUGCUGUCGGAACGCAGUGUUUCACUCCCUUGCAGGACCAUGCUGGAAACAGCUCCACGUUUUACCUCGCUGGGGGUGUUGCUAUCCUCGGAAUGAUGGCUUACUACUUCCUUCCUGAGAGUGGGGAGUUGGACUUGGAGAAGGAGGACAAGGAUCUCAAGGUGUACCUGCUGCAGCAUGGGUUCGAUACCAAUGUGAAGGAGUAG